AUGUUAUUGGAGAUGGAGCAACAUUCGGGCCUGAUGUCGCUGAACAUGUCGCCGUUCCACCUGAGUCCGCAAGGCAGCCCGCAGGCCGCUGCGGGGCAGCAACCCCCGCAGCAACAGUCGCAACAGCCGCAUUAUGGCUCGUCGUCUUACGGCAAUUGCGCGCAGAGCUCGCCGUCCAUGUGCCACCAGCCGCAGUCGCAGCAACAGCAGCAGCAGCAACAAAUGUCGGCCCAUGCUCAGGCACAGUCGCAGGGCGGCAUGUCGGGUUUCGAGGCCACCUUCUUCGACUCCGUCGCCCCCCUGGACGAUCGGUGCCCGAUGUGCGGGCACAAGAACAUGGCUGGUUAUCAUUGCGGCCUGGUCACGUGCGAGAACUGCAAGAGUUUCUUCAGGUGCAACAGCUCGCCGUGCAGUACCAAGAAGGUCUACACGUGUUUGUUCCCUCCUACGGGGGGCGGCGGUGGCGGUGGCGGCGGCGGCGGCAGCGGUGGUAACGGUGACGGCGGUGUCUGCGGCGCGUCCUCGGUGCUCGAAAGCUGCGCCAACAAGAAGGUGUACACGUGUCUGUUCCCGCCCACAGGACCCGGAAGCGGCAAUGGAGCAACCUGCGGUGCCGGUGGUACAUCCGCGGGCCUCGACGGUAACGGCGGCGGCGGUUACACCGGCAACGGCGUCGGCGGAACAACUGCCGCUGGUCCAGGCCCGGCGAACGCGGGAGGUGGCGGCGGCGGCGGCGGAGGAGGCGGAGGCGGGGGUGGCGGACCCGUCGCCGCGAGUGGCAGCAUCGCAGCAGGUACGGUUCCGGGUGGCGGCGGUGCCCUGUGUCAUCCUGGUUUGGGCCAGGUAGGCGUGGUGACCGGCUCGAUACCCUGCCCGUCCGAUUUCCCAGACACGAAGGACAUUGUCAUCGAGGAGCUGUGUCCGGUGUGCGGCGACAAGGUGUCAGGCUACCAUUACGGUUUGCUCACAUGUGAGUCCUGCAAGGGUUUCUUCAAACGCACCGUCCAAAACAAGAAGGUGUAUACCUGCGUCGCCGAAAGAUCCUGCCACAUCGACAAGACGCAACGGAAGCGUUGCCCGUACUGCCGCUUUCAGAAGUGCCUCGAAGUCGGCAUGAAACUUGAAGCUGUUCGCGCCGACAGGAUGCGUGGCGGCAGGAACAAGUUCGGACCCAUGUACAAGAGGGACCGGGCGCGAAAGUUGCAGAUGAUGCGGCAGCGACAGCUCGCGUUGCAGACAAUACGUGGCAGUCUUGGUGACCCAUGCUAUUCAUCCACGGUCGCGCCACUGCUGCACAUCAAGCAGGAAAUCCAGAUACCUCAAGUGUCCAGUCUGACGUCGUCGCCAGAUUCGAGCCCGUCCCCGGCGACAGUGGCCGCCGGCUUGGUGACGACGCAGGCUGGCGGCGGCGCCGCCGCCGGUCAGCACCAGCUGAUCGCACCGUCCAACCAGCCGGGUAUCGGCACCAGCGGCGGUGGCGGCGGCGGCGGUACCAGCAACCACAACCUGCACAACCUCAACCCCAGCCUGGAGAGCAAGCUGUGGGCCGCCAACUCCACUACCACUACCCCGGGUGCAAAAGCCUUCGGCUUUGGCGAGCAGUCGGCGCAGCCCCAUGGCGGCGGUGGCAACGCGGCGGGCUACGCGCCCACCCCUGCCGCCGUUCUCAAGAGCAGUCCGAUGAUCAGGGACUUCCUGGCGUCGAUCGACGACCGCGAGUGGCAAUCGUCGCUGUUCGGCCUGCUGCAGAGCCAAACGUACAAUCAGUGCGAAGUGGACUUGUUCGAGUUAAUGUGCAAAGUGCUCGAUCAGAAUCUAUUCUCGCAGGUGGACUGGGCUAGGAAUUCCUCCUUCUUCAAGGAUCUCAAGGUUGACGAUCAAAUGAAGUUGUUGCAACACUCUUGGUCAGAUAUGCUAGUACUGGAUCACCUUCAUCAAAGGAUACACAAUAAUUUACCCGACGAGACGACACUUCAUAAUGGCCAAAAGUUUGAUCUCCUCUGUCUCGGCCUACUCGGAGUCCCCGCCUUGGCGGACCUCUUCAAAGAUUUAUCCAAGAGACUUCAAGAACUCAAGUUCGACCCCUCCGACUAUAUUUGCAUGAAAUUCUUGAUGCUGCUGAAUCACGAUGUCCGUGGACUGGUGAACAAAAAGCAUGUGCAAGAGGGUCAUGAGACGGUUCAACAGUCGCUCAUGGAUUACACGCUAGCUUGUUACCCAUCUGUACCGGACAAAUUUAAUAAACUGUUGGCAGUAUUACCGGACAUUCACGAGGUGGCGACGAGGGGGGAGGAGCACCUUUAUCAGAAACACUGUAACGGCAGCGCACCGACGCAGACACUUCUCAUGGAGAUGCUGCAUGCCAAGAGAAAAUGAGACGACCGGUUCUUCUUGGUAAUCUUUGCCAUCGAAUAGUCCGUUGACGUAUGUAUAUCGAGAGAGUCGUUAGCGCCCCUGAUCGUGAGACAAAAUGAACCUCAAAGUACCUAUAUAAAAGCUAAACACUGCUAAGGUAUCGGACCAAGUAAAGGGCGGGCGGGGGAGGGGGAAGGGGGCUCUGGUUCAAGGAAUACCUGUGCAUACAAAUCAAGUUUGAACAUCAAGUACAUACUUUACGUAUAUAUAAAUAAAUAUAUAUAUGUAUUAUAAAGUGUAUCUAAAUAUAUAAACACAAUGACAUAUAUUUUCUAUAUUUGAUGUUGAAGUUUUAGAGAUGUAUCCGUGAUGAAUUGCCCAAUUACUCGCGGGCGCAAGCGCAGGGAAAACAGUAAGCAAGAUGCCUUGAAAACAGUACAAAGGGUGGUUAGAGACAAAAAAAAAGAAAAAAAUAUCGGUCAAUGGUCAGGCAAUUUCGUCUAAAUAAGAAAGCUAUUUUUCUAAUACUUAGAGGCGAAUUUAUUUUUAAGCAUACCACUGAAGCCUUGCUCUCACUCGAACCGAAAUAUAUACCGUACCGCUAAAGAGAAUCGUAGAUUCUGUCUAUUUCUCUCUCUCUCUCUCUCUUUCUUUUUCUCUCUCCAGAUCAAUCGUGCUUCUGCAAGGGAUUCAAUGGGCAUAUUUGAAUGACAGUGAACUUGCAUGUGAUAUACAUUAUGUCUGUCGCACGGGCCACCUGGGCAUCCUUAGAAUUUCCUGUUAUUAAAUUAAAAAAUGGAAUCUGCAUUUUGUCACACUUGCACACAGCAGGGCUACUAUAUUGUAAAUACUAGUUAACACAUUCCAGUUACGUUGUAAAGUAUGUUGAAUAUGUAAUUAUACUAUUUUUGUGUAUAGUCGAAUAAUGAAGUGAAAAUAAAUAUAUAUAUUUCUGUUGCUUACUUGAGGAAGAAAUCAUUAGCUACUUAAUGUCUUCACUAAUUUUAGGGGUCUUACUCAUGUAUUUCUCUUUAUUACUUUUCAAAUAGGUGGCGGAAAAAAAGGAAUAACUACAAAUUGCGAUAUUUUAUUAUUGUAUGUUGUAUCAUAAUAAAGAUUCUGUUUAAGAAGCAAAAGAAUCAUUGGAGCAAGGUUUAUGUGGUCCUACAUUGUCUAGCGGUUAAUUCUAAACUUAUGAAAUAAUAUUACUCGUAUUACAGUUGUUAAAUAGGACGAUAUUUACUAAGUGUUAAGAUAGCGGACGAAAGUAGUAAUUUUUCACUAAUAGAUUAUUAUUGCAUAUUAUUAUUAAUUACUAUUAUUAUUAUUAUUAUUAUUAUUUAGCCGAUAGUCAGAAAUUCUUCAGUGCUGUGAAGGUUGUCUCUUUCGACGCCUGUGGUAUCAAAGCCAUUGGAAAUUACAUGUGUCAGACACGCGAAGUUCAAGCAUGACAAUAGGGACAAAAAUCUUUCGCUUGCAUUGGCAGAUUAAUAACGUUUGUCCGUCGCUCCCCUUGUUUUUAUUCACGUAUCAAACAUGUACCUGUUGCUGAAAAAAACAAAUAUGCUAUUUUACUACUUUCACUUUUUCCACCGAGUUUUCGUAAUUACAUUUAGCUAGGUGUAAAUGACACGUCGAUGUUGGUGGGACCCGGAGGAGAACGAUGUUAGAUUAAGGACCGAGUGUUAAAUCAAAUCAGGGGGAGUGUGGAGCAACGGAAACGUUGGUACGCUGAAGUGAACGUUUUGUCUGAUGAGCAUCGUAUGUACUUAUCGCGCGAGCAAAGAUUUCUUGUCCGCCGUCAGAUUUGACCUGUUACGCCGAAAUAGAAUAUAUAUAAUAAUAAUAAUAUAUAUGCCGAUGUUCCCAAAUUUUCAAAUCGUCCGGUUUCCCACGAUGAUGACAAAAGGAUCGGAAACGAGAAACUUAGACUCAUCAUUAUUCUCACACAACAACAGCGCGCUGCUUCGGAUACAAAAAAAAACAAAAACAUAACGAAAAGAUUGUCUCUUUAUUUAAACUCAGACACGAAUGACUACCUCUUCAUAUCUGUAUUAAGUUUUUAUACUUUUACAUUUUUAGUAACCACAUACCUCAGAAUAGACGCCCAGAUAGCAAUUUGAAUGGAACGAAUGAAUGUAAAUAAACAUAUAAAAUAAGGCAGAUAUUUUUAAUCAGGUGUAGUGCGUACAGUUACACGUUAAGAAUCUACAAUGUAAUACAACUUACCGAAAUAUCGUAUUCACCUGUAUGUCCACGUUAUUAGGUCUUAGUUAUUAUUAUUGUACUUUCUGCAAAUUAGUUCGUAACUGUGGUCAUUUACCAUGUAUUUAGUUUAUCACUGUCGGAGCUGAGAAAAGCCGUUGCUUUAAAAUCAUAUAAGUUGCUGUUUGGGUAAGACAAGAGUUUCACGCUACUGUUUUAUUUAUUAUAACUAUCUCCGUUCAUCUCUGAGACCUGCUAAACGUGUCGGUCUGACAAUUUCGGAACAAGUCGCGUAUCAGCUCGCAGCAAUUACUAUUCUGUGCUAAUGAAAGGAAGCUCGAAAUUAAUCGUUUUUGUAAAUAUUAGUAUACAGGGUGGAGCAUGAGAAACAUGGCAUAAUUUUCUUUGAAAACGAUUCUUUAUCAAGUCCGUGAAGAAUCUUUUAGAUCCUUUAAAAAUCCUUAAAAGGUUCUAAAACUCUAUCGAGAAUUUUCUCACCUUUGGUAUGUCAUGUGCUUUAAAUGUGUCAUUCUGUAUACGCGUCUAUCCCCCCGAUAUUAACGACCUGAUCUGCUGCAAAAGGUUUAUUAACAACUGUAACUAGUAAAUACGACAAUUACAGCGUUAUGUAUAUUUUUUUAUGUUAAAUAUGUACAGUUACCAAUUAUGAUUGGCAAUUACAAACGAUUUAAUUUAAUGUCGAUGUGAUUCUUCAAUCUAAUAAGUCGUUGGAAUAAAGUUUGAAAGGAAAAAAAAAGAAGAAAAAACUAUUAUGCGUUGUUGACACUGCCAUUAGCAGUUGGCAAUUGUAAAUUAUGUAGAAAAAUUGACUCACUGUAAAUAUAUCUUUAUUAUUAACAGAUAACUGUUCCUUUCUAGAGCUAACAGUGCUAUUUUUUAUAUAUUGUACUGAUUGAACCCCAGAGGGUAUCUGUCCCCCCCCCCCCCGCUCGGUGUCAGUCUCCGUCUCCGGAUCGCGAGACAAGUUACUUGGAAACAGGAUUCUACUUGACGUUACGCGUUCAAUCAGUAUGCCAUUUUGUGAGAUUUGAAAAUAGUAUUCUAUCCCAGUCACUUGUUAGGACGUACAGUUAAAAUAGAAAAUUCCAACGCCCUCGCGCCAAUUACCGCACGCGAGAAGAGCGGAGAAGGGAUGAAAGAACUAUCAUAAUUCGUAACUCGAAUGCCUGUUAUUCGUGUAUCAAACGACAUGUAUAUCACGACACUUGUUUGCUUUGUAUAAAUACGAAACGAAGAACAUUGCACAGUGACUAAUAAAGAUAUUGCAACUA